GAUGUAUGUAUGUCCCCGGACCGGAACCUCAGGUGGCGGUUUACCUCAAGUGGCGGCCUAUUUUCCCCUUAACACGCCCUUAACACUUGAAUGGUAAAUCUUAAAUAGGAUAAGUUUAUCCCCAUAUCGUCAGCAAAUCUUAAGACGUCCGUGGGAGAUAUAUGUGCGUUUUCCCCAUCUCUUAUCAUUCCCCCGUCUUCUCUAUAAAUUCGUCUCUAUUAACCACCAUCUUGUGCGGAUUUCCUUUUCCCUCGUCUCAGGCAACAAACAGAUGGAUAUCUCAACCACGGAAUCCCGGGUAGGCGAACCUCCCAGAUCGACAAGCUCUCCUCUUCCACCCAAACCCAUGUCGGCGUAUUCGGGCGCUUCGCAAGAAUCUCCUCCUAAGCACACAAUAUCACACGAAGAAGCAGCACUAGUCCCAACAGAUGUACCCAUCACUUCCCUCACCGAGGCCGACUGCCCAGAUGCUCUCGCCUUUGCUUUUCCAACAUGGAAAAAGUGGCUGAUUCUGACAGUCAUAUUUCUGGUCCAAACUUCUAUGAACUUAAACGCUUCUCUUUACGCCAACGGACAAAAUGGAAUUGUGCGGGAGUUCGGUGUCAGCCCGCAAGCCGCAGUCAGCGGGACGGCAUUGUUUCUCGUCAUGUAUGCUUUUGGAUGUGAACUUUGGGCGCCUUGGUCCGAAGAGCUUGGGAGAAAACCAGUCCUCCAGGGGUCGCUUUUCCUCGUCAACCUCUGUUGUAUCCCUGUCGGCCUGGCACGGUUAUCUGGGUAUUUUCCUGCGAUAAUAAUUGGGCGAGUCUUUGGUGGCCUUUUUUCCGCCGGCGGUAGUGUCACACUAGGAGUAGUUGCAGACAUGUUUGGUACGGCCCAUCAGGAACAUCCACUUGCAUUCAUUGUCCUUUCAUCCGUCUGCGGAUCCAUAAUUGGACCCAUUAUAGGAGGGUUCAUCGAGGAACAUCUACACUGGACAUGGACUGUUUGGAUUCAGCUCAUCUUCGGUGUUUUUGUCCAAGUAUUGCAUAUGCUCAUCGUCCCAGAGACUCGUUCCAGCGUCCUCAUCGACCGGCAUGCCAAGAAAAUUCGAGAAACCAGACUCAAGGAAAAGAAUGAGGUAGUCCAGAUCUUUGGCCCAACCGAAACGAAAUCUCUCAAGGAGUAUCUGGUUCCAGGGGAACUCUUCACUCUCUGGCUUCGACCAUUUCACAUGUUUGUCAAGGAGCCGAUUGUAUCAGUACUCUCUACGCUUUCCGGCUUUAGCGAUGCCUUGAUCUUCAUGCAAAUACAGUCUUUUGGCCGUGUGUUUAAGCUAUGGAACUUUUCCAACGUUCAAGUAGGACUCGCAUUUAUCCCGAUUGGGCUCGCGUACAUUUUGGCCUAUCUGCUCUUCAUUCCCGUCAUCCAUCGAAAUCGGGCACUGAGAUUGAAGUACCCACUCAGUGAGCACGCUCAAUACGAAUCGCGACUGUGGUGGCUGCUAUACACUGCUCCGUGUCUCCCUAUUGGGCUACUGAUUUUCGCUUGGACGAGCACUCCCGCUGUACAUUGGAUCGGCCCAAUGAUCGGUUGCAUAUUCAUUGGCGUCGCUAACUAUACCAUAUACAUGACCACUAUUGAUUACAUGGUCGCGGCUUACGGCCCCUACUCGGCCUCAGCCACAGGCGGAAAUGGCUUUGCGCGCGACCUCAUGGCUGGUCUGUUGACGUGGGCCGCAGAACCGUAUUACAAUGCAUUCUCAUUCGAAUACGGUCUCCAGGUGGCUAACACGGUACUCGCGGGUGUCAGUUUGUUCUUCGUUGUUGCGACUUUCUUCGUCUACGUCUACGGCCCGGUUAUGCGCGAACACUCGCCCUUCGCUCAGUCCAUAAGGCGGCAUAGGAACAGCGAGACUAUGGAGAUGCCUCCUACAACAACUAUAUAGGGGGGUUCAUUAUGUAUCUAAGUUUGUUGCAGGUGCCUCAGGCACCAUUAGGCUCCACUAGAGCCAUAUGGCCCUUAUGGCCAUAUGUUGGCACUCCGCCAUUGUAGUUAGG